CGCCGACAGUACUAUUUCAGAUAAAACAAAAAGUUGACAAAAUUGUGCGGUGCAAGCAGACUCUGUUGCUGCGGAGGAGCACAUACUUGAAGACAGACAUGACCCUAUUGGCCAAAAGUGAAAAUCCAAUUACCCCAGCGAGGCAGUUUUAUAAAGCGACUGUAUCUUCUGACGAGGAGACAUUAGUUCCUGCACCUGACGGAAAUUCUCUUCUAAGCAUAGAUUUUCUCUAGGAUUUGCACAUGAUUGCAGCAAAACAAUAGACAUUGAUAUCUGUCCACUCAGAAUAUAGACGAACGUCGACGAUGCUGUGUGUUGCUGACAGAUAAAGUGAGGUAUUAUUAAUUUUACUUGUGAAUGGCGAUUCGUAUCUGGAUAAGCAGCAGGAUAAUUUUAACGACAACAACGCUCAGAAUCGGUUGCUGAGUUUGGCUAUCGUAAGGGGAAGCAAGCGAUUAGAAUUAAUAGGAGUUAGUCACAAUUGUUCAUUUUGACCAGUUCCGUUGAGUGUCACGGAAGGUUUCGUCGCAGUCGUGUCUCCGUAAUUACAGACAAAAGGGCUGGCUGGAGCUCUUUGUCAUCUGCACAGUUCGUUUCCAUCGUUAGCUUGGAAGCAAUUAUGAGUUUUCCUACACAUGACAAGGGAUAUUGUUGACCAGAAACAUGGGAUUUUACAAAGCCAAGCUCUAAGUUGCAAAAUUUGAAUGUUUAUGAAAAUGUACACAAUCGAACUGGAUUAAUGGACACUAUAUAUUGCUAGUUAAAUAUCAAAAGAUCAUUCAUGAAAACUGAAAUGGCGGACAGUUCAUGGAGAGGGCCGCAGGAACUGGCGAGGAAGAACGAUCGAGCGGCCGUGUCGGGGAAUUUUAAUUCAAAACAUGGAACAAACAUGUACGCGUUCCAACGUACUAAAGAGUAUGAUCGUGGCUACUAUGAUCCACAUACCAUGGCAAGUUCAGCGGUCUCUGCACUGAAAAGCUCAAGUGGAAUUCGCGGGGGUUUCCCUGGCCAGAUGACAGAUUCACCAGCGUCUGAUGUUUCGGUCAUACCCUGGGUUAGAAGUCUGCCCUCAUCAUGUAGCGAAAUAGACUCAAGGGCACAAAGUGUUAUUAAAACUGAAGGCGAAGCAUCUUCGUCAGUAAACAAUAAUAAUAAUGUGGGCACCACUGUCGAUUUAGAGCGCAGGAAAAGUGCAAUAAAAGCUGAACCCAUACGACCAAUACCGCAGAUGGUGCCCGCUGAGUUUCUUCGUAGGGGAAUGUACUCAGAGGUUAGUCGGCCUCCAUCUACUGCUCAUUCUCUCAGGUCAACAGUGCUUGAUUUUGGCAGUAGGAAUAGUAGCAGUUUUUCAAGUCCACGGCAUUCUGCUGUUCGUCGUGGUCAAAAGCGGGGCCUUUCGGUGUCUCCGCUUUCUGCGGAGUGCAUUGAUUUGAACGCCAUUAUUAGGACCUCGCCAAACUCGCUUGUUGCUUUUAUAACGGGAUCAAGGGGUUCGUCUGCUGCAUCUAGAGCAUCCAGGGCAUCAGGCUCCUAUGGACAUUUAAGUGCUGCAAGUAUAAGCCCAUCCCCUUUUUGUACCCCAGUUCCUAAUUUCUACGGACGACAAAGAAACCCCUUUUCUACCCCGUCUCUGCCGCGGACCCCGUCUGCCUCAUUGAGUCAUAAAAAUUCAUCAGAAAAACUCGUUUCGUCAAGCAUCCCAAGGGCUGGUCAAUUCGCGUACAAGCCGCUUGCUGAAGUUAAAAAAGAAGAAGUUUCGCCAUGCGCUGCUGUCAGAACCGAAGAGGCAGACACAUUCCAAGAGGGCUGUUCAAAAACACCACACUUCUCUGAGGAAGAAGAUGACGAAUCAACGAACGACUUCAGAUGCCACUGGAAAGACUGUGGAAACAUUUACGACGGCCAGACUGCUCUUGUUGCACAUGUUAACAACGAUCACAUCCAGAAAAGCAAGAAAGAUUGCACUUGCUACUGGAAGGGAUGUGCAAGGGAGGAGAAGCCGUUUAAAGCAAUGUAUAUGUUGGUUGUGCACGUUCGACGUCACACUGGGGAAAAGCCACAUGCUUGUGACUUUCCCGGCUGCACGAAAGCCUACUCAAGACUAGAGAAUCUGAAAACUCAUCGCAGAUCACAUACUGGUGAGCGACCUUAUGCCUGUGAGUUCGAGGGAUGCACAAAAGCAUUUUCAAACGCUUCAGAUAGAGCAAAACACCAAAACAGGACACAUUCAUCAAUUAAACAAUACGGAUGUAAAGUGGAAGGAUGCCCUAAAAGGUACACAGACCCGAGUUCGCUAAGAAAACACAUGAAAACUGUCCAUGGAGCCAUUGCCCAGCCCAAUAAGAAGAUGAAAGGUGAAAAGUCUGAAAGCAAGAAGGAGAAAAUCGAGCGUAAAGAAAAAGAGGAACAAGAGCAACGGAGGAAAUCAGUUGGAGAGUGUCUUACGGUGAAACCAUUGCAGCAGAAAACACAGGGAAAUAACGAUAGGAGUAGCUACGGAGCAGGAGGGCACAGGGGAUCAAUGUCUUCAUACGCGCAUUCCCCGCUUCUUCCGUAUUCGCAAGGACGAAUGCCACCAAAUGAUAGUUUCAAUACUUACAGAGCUUGGGGUGUCCAGCAAGCCAGUCCAUCAAGCACAACAACUGAAUGCGAAACUGCAGAGCAGUCGCCUAUGAGCAAUCACUCAAACGCAGAACCUUACAGCCCACGUGGACCUGGCAUACAGGUGCAGACACAGCCAAGAGCAUUUUUACCUCGCCUCAGCGGCAAACCGAGAGCCUCUGAGGGUCUCCUUCAUGAGGUGAGCAGGCGGUUAUCGGAUUCAAGGAGGCUGAGCAAUACAAGCUUGAUUUCAGUUGAUUCUGGAGCUGAAAGCAUGAUAUCGUCACAUAAUGGCAGCAGAAGAGGCAGUGAUAUCAGUCUGCAGUCGUAUUUAUCAAGCCGAAGGUCUUCCCUGUCCAGUCCAAUGCCACCAUCACGGCUCAGCCCACGAAGUAUCGCCAAUCAAACACUAAUAGAAGGGAAAGUAUUUGAAUCAGCCAGCCCUGGAAGCAACAGCUUGAUCGAACAGAGCUUUGUUGAGCAUCAAGAUGUUGCUCACUCGCAGCACAAUCGCCAGAGUAGGGUCAGUAGUGGAUAUGGCAGUCAGACUGCGUAUUUCCAUUGCAAAAGCCCUGCAGUCCAGCAAAUACCAUCACCAGUGCCGCCAGCUAAAGGCAGAAGAGCUAGUGAGGGGAAUGUCACGCGUGUUGGCGACACAAUGUUUGAGCCAGCUAACGUGCAACAGGCAAGUCGCGGUAAGAAUCGACGUGGCAGCGAACCAAUAUCACCAGUGAACCUUUUAGAGCAGGCUCCCAGGCGCAACUCUAUGAGUACUUACAACCCACUUCCAGUACCCGAUUCUAUGCGACAUUCCUUGAACUUCCAAAACGAAGAUAUGGCAAGGAGUCCGAACACCAUCCAGAGGGAUCAGAUGCAGACAAUGCAGAAUCCUUAUAUUCAGCCAAAUCUAUUCGUUCAGCGAGAUGCUGCCCUAGAAGUAGAGCCGCAGUUUCCACCUCCUGAAGAGGAGCUUGCACGUGGUUCGUUGUUUGCAUCCACUAAUGAUCACCAUUCCUCCACCGUGUUACAAGCGGCUGAUUCUACGGUUCCUGACCCUGCACGACUACCAAUAUCGACCAUCUGUCAAGAAUCGUACUACGCUCCAGUCAGUACUAACAAAAAUCAGUGGCAGACAGCAAGCAGAAAUAUCCAUCCGUCCACUGUUGUUGCGGAGGCAGAUUCAUCUGCUGACUGGAUCAGGUCACAGGGAAACACAUUGCCCACUGAAAACUAUGAAGACGCUAUUGUUAGAGAGAUCCGGUGUCUAAGCACCGGAAUGGCAACACCACAGCCUGACCCAUAUCAAGGCGCAUCAAACAUGGCAAUCAAUUAUAUGAAUACUCUGCUUUCAUCGUUGGACGAGGAGAAUAAAUUUUUCGAAACUAAUCGCAUGGCUCAUCAUGGAUUUGGCGGGUUUCUGUAGUAACAAGUCUUGUUUGCAAUUUUAAGUUAUUGAUGCACUGAAAUGCUGAAUUAUAUCGUUUUGACCACUCUAAAUCAAUAUGACAAGGGGCUUAAUGCAUUCUGCACUGUGUUUACGUCAUGUAGCAUUUGUCUCAAGUCUUUAUGACUUGUACUCAGGCUAAAGGUCAGAAUCGCUGAUAUUUCAAUUCCAGUAAAAACCCGUAUAAAAGAAACUGUCAAUCAUGAGCCUCCAGGCUGAUUUUUUGCCAAUUAAGCCCUUUCAUUAUGUGAAACGGCAGAAGCAAUUUCAGUCUGUUACAUAAAUCACGGGUUCUUUUAUGUGGGUUUUUACUGAAUAUUUUAGGCUCGAGACAAGAGACAGUAUUGGUAUCGAGUUUCUCUUAAUGUUAUCCGGCAAAACUACCCCAGCCCGAGGAUAGGUCCAGUUUUGAAUUUUAGCUUCAGAAUAGGAAUGCCGUUCUGUAAACUAGACAAUCCUUUGCGCAUAUGGAAGUCGCCGCAAUUGAUUACCUACUUUCUGAAAAGUCAAACUCUGAUUUGGUCUUGUUUUAAAGAUUCAAGGGGAAUGACAGGGUCGAAGGGGGAUAAAUUUAUUUUGAUAAUGAACGUGGUCGGUAAUGCCUGGAAAUAAGUGUCUAUUCUCGCGACAACAGAUGGUUCAAGGGACGAUGCACUUUUAGAUAAAAACCUCAAGGUUGGUCAGACACAAAAGGCUUUUUAAGGCAAGGUCCUUAACCAAAGAGAGUUUCUCUGUGAAAAUUCUUAAAUUGGUCUGUUCUUCCUUGGGGUGGGGGCUUGGGGAUGUUUGGUGUAUUUCGUUAGAACUUCGACGGAAAAAAGCCCGGAAUGGUAUUUGUCACGCUCGGAAGCAUUAACCAAAAGUUGAUUGGUAAAUAAAGCCCCAGGAGGAAAAUUGAAUUCCAGGAGUUGAUUAUUCUUCACUCGUACCACUAAUUAUGAUUUAGUCUAGCGCUAGAUCAUACAGGCUUUCGUAGAACGAAGAAUAGCUUAGAACUGAACAGCACAAACGUAUGCUCCGUGGCAUAAGAAAUGCUGACAGUUAUCGGUUUUUCUUAUGAUGAUCGUUAUGUUUUGAAACUAAUCGUUUUUUGUUUGCUGUUGUUAAUUUGUUUUCAAGUUUUAGAAUUCAGUCUUCCUGUAUCAUAUGCCAGAGUAAAUACAAACUAUUAAUCGCUGGCUUCUGUUUAUAAAACUUACUCUGUACGAUGCAUGAUAGCGUACUCUUUCUCAAUUGCUAAUUGCGCUAGUCGCAGUGUCUUAUGUAAGGCCAUUCAACUUGCGGAAAUUUUGCGCCAAUUGAAUAUUGAUUUUCGACUCUGAAUUCUAUUGAAAAAUAUAAUGUCGAUACGUUGCAAUGAUUUCUUCCGAAACUACAGAUGUAGACCCUUAGGCUUUGGCUUUUUGUUCCUUCGUCGUCAAUGUUUUGACGCUGAACAAGUAAGUAAGAAUUAACAUCCUGAAGAAAUGGCAUAUAAAAUGCCUCCGAUAUUUUAAUACUGGUUAUACUAAUAUUGGACGUUGGUGUAAUGAUGCAGAUACCAAAGGUUAUCGAAUAUUCCCCGCAUUUUAACCCAUCACCUGGGCCAAUGUUGCUAAUUGUACAAUAGUCGUUAAAUAUUUUAUUUUUGCUACAAAUAUUCAUUAACAAGACACUUUAAGUUUUUUAGUUUGUAGUAUUGCUCAGUAUUUUGAUUUUUAGAUAUUAUCUAGAUCAAGACCUAAA